UCUCCUCCCCUUCUUCCCCCCUAGCGCCGCCACUCCCAGACACCUAGCCCGAGCCCUCUCCUCCUCCCCUUCGGGCCACCACCAAGCUCUUGCAUCCCCUUCCACCAUGGCGGCGGCGGGAGGCGGAGGCGCGCCGCGGGCGCUGUCCCAGAAGGAGCAGGACAUCCAGAUGAUGCUCGCCGCCGACGUCCACCUGGGCACCAAGAACUGCGACUUCCAGAUGGAGCGCUACGUCUUCAAGCGCCGCACCGACGGCAUCUACAUCAUCAACCUUGGCAAGACAUGGGAGAAGCUCCAGCUGGCGGCGAGGGUAAUCGUUGCCAUCGAGAACCCUCAGGACAUCAUUGUCCAGUCCGCCCGCCCCUACGGCCAGCGCGCCGUCCUCAAGUUCGCGCAGUACACUGGUGCCCAUGCCAUUGCUGGGAGGCACACCCCUGGUACCUUCACCAAUCAGCUCCAGACAUCCUUCAGUGAGCCCAGACUGCUCAUCCUUACCGACCCAAGGACUGACCACCAGCCAAUUAAGGAGUCUGCUCUGGGGAACAUCCCCACCAUUGCCUUCUGUGAUACUGACUCCCCCAUGCGGUAUGUCGAUAUUGGCAUCCCAGCCAACAACAAGGGAAGGAACAGCAUUGGAUGCCUGUUCUGGCUCUUGGCCAGGAUGGUUCUGCAGAUGAGGGGCACGAUCCUCCCUGGGCACAAGUGGGAAGUCAUGGUUGAUUUGUUCUUCUACAGAGACCCUGAGGAAGCAAAGGAGCAGGAGGAGGAAGCUGCUGCUGCCCCUGACUUUGCCGCUAUCACUGAUUACCCAGCAGCUGAUCAGUGGGGUGGUGACCAAUGGGCCUCUGAUGUUGCUGCACCGCCUGUUGCUGUCAGUGGCACUGGUGCCGAGUGGGGUGCUGCUGCAGCUCCAGUUCCUACCGGCGAAGGCUGGGAUCCAGCUGGGGCUCCUGCACCUGUGGAGGGUGCUGUUCCUCCGGUUGUUGCUGCUCCGGCUGGUUGGGACCCAGCAGCCCAACCCACCGCCCAAGGCUGGGAGUAGGCAUAGGCCCUCCCUUUGUGAUGCAUCUCGUGGCUUAAAUUCAGUAUUUUUCCGAAGUAUGAAUGUCCAAAAUCAGAAUGCAUCAUCUACAGCUAUGCAUUGAACACUUUCUGUUCUAGGGCUUUCUAGCUGAACUUGUGCCCCUGUUCUGUUUUCAACAUUGCUGCUAGAGGAGAGAGGCUGCUAAGAUGUGGUAUAAGUAGCUUUUCUGUUUAUGUUGCUUAUAUUCCAUGGAUUCGUGCGAUGUGAUGGUUCUAUAUAACAUGUUGAGUCAGUUGAGAAAAUCUGGUUGCCAUGGAUUUUGUACUGUA